GCUGGCUCCGUCUGUCAGUAGGUAGGUGACUCGAGGUCAUGAGACAGGAGCAAAAAAAAAAAAAUGGCUAAUAUCCGCUUACUAACAGGCUGAGUUUCAGCAAUGGCUACAUGUAUCAAAGAAGGAUAUGAGGAAAAGUGACAGCACAACACUAGUCUGAAUCCAUGAAGUAAGUAAUUACCUACACAACAAUCCACACACCACUCGUGAUAUACCCUUGUACUCAGACUGAUGACAGUUACAAGCACAACAAGAACCUGUAUCCUUCAAAUGGAUUCGUUGGCCCGGAAGUUCUUACUAUUGUUGUGUUGCCUGUGUUUUUCGCGAACUUCAACACAAGAAAUGAGCAGAUGCGAUGCUCCACCUGUUCAUUCUCUUCAAGAUGCUGUCCUCACUUGUCACUUUCCCGAAGACCUUAGUGUCAGCAAGAAAGGUUUCACAGUCUAUCACUACGUUAACCGUGAAAGUGCAGAUGCUGUUUUAGAAUGUUGGUGGGUUGGAGAUGCUCUGGGCUGCUACACAAAAUCAGGUUUCGAGUACGACAAAAAACUGAGCCGCACUCUCAAGAUUACAAUCCGUCACGUGACCUCUGCACGUACAGGUACAUACGGGUGUCAAGUGGACGGCUAUGGCACUAGCGACCUGGGAAAAUGUCAGCUCAACUUAACACUGGGUGAAAACAAUACAUGUAAUGUAUCAAAUGUGGCUAAUGGUUCCCAAAUCGCUCUAACCUGUUUCUUUAACGAAAAUGUUCAGAAAACACAAAACAGCUUUUCUGUAUACAGACACAAUGGCCAAGAGAAACUAGACAUUUUACAGUGUUUCUGGGUACACGGCAAGCCAGAGUGCAAGGUUGAUGAUGAUUACCUGUACGAUUACGAGGUGUCCACGUAUCUCACCAUCAAGAGUCAAAAGACGACAAAAAUAAAAACAUUUACCUACUCAUGCUGGCAUGCAGGAUCCACACUACAACAACAGAAAACAUGUUCACUUGAGAUAUCUGAGGAAGACUCGGAAAAAGAUAUUUCAACUGGUUUGGCUGUCGGCCUGUCCCUGGGCUUGACUGCAGUGAUAGCAGCAACUGUUGUCAUUGUAAUUCUACUGAGACGCAACAAUUGCAAUCUUCAGUGUGGCAAAACGCGACCACCUGCUGACGAUGAACUACGCCCUAUGAUGGAAGAAAAAAGCAAUGAAGACAUAACGACAAGAACGUUCCAGGAAUAUUUAGUGAAAAACAUCGAAGAAAUGUACCCGGAUAUGCUUGAUUCCUGCUAUUUCGUGCCUCCAGUUUACUUCAACAAAAUUCGAUGUGAAACACAGCCAAUAGCUGAUCAAGUCGUGUACGUCCCACAACCUUCUGACCUCAGUGACGUCAGACACGACCGCGCCAUGCAGCACGUGCUGCACUGCUUACGUCAUAUGGCGGAGCACUAUAAGGAGGACAUGUUUGUCUUGUCACAGUUUAAGUACGAAGAUUAUCUAAACAACCCUGGAAAUAGCUUUUUAAACCAUCGCUUACCUGUUCCCGGUGGCUUUAAAGACAAGACAAACGUCGGCUGCUUUGACAUUCUCAUUAUCCAUCGACGUCUCGGGGUGUUGGUUGGGGUCGUCAAGUCUCUCAGCGAUAAGGAUGACGGGAGUGAGGACAGUGAAGAGAAAAUAGAUGAUAUGUUAGUCAGUGAGGUGUGUGAAGCUGUCGCUCAAGUUAAAUACGCAAACAGUAUGAUGGGACACCUGAUGUCAGAUCAGACACACAAACCUGCAGUUCAAAUGACUUUGAUGUUUCCCAACGUUACCUCGUCGUCACUACAACGAGCUGUGGGCAGUGACAGUCAGGUUGUACAGAGUUUGCGCGAGUGUGUGAAUGUGAAGGCCACUGACGACCCCACUCAUCUGUGUCUUUGCGCAAAUCAUCUGUCAAACCCUUGCACUCCAUGGGACAUCGACACCAGUGUGAUUGGUCAUCUGAGGAAAUGGUGGGAUAGGUUAAUGAAUCAAUCUGAUGCUGACCCCAAAAUGACUGAUGACUUGUAUCGAAACAUGAUAGCGAGGUUUUGUGGACCAGCUACCCAGUCCUCCCUACAACUGAUGGACGAGACUGUCCUGCAGCCCAAGACUCUGGCAGACGCCGUGACCCUGACAGGAGACCUGUAUGAGCGACUGACUCUGUACCCGAAUAUGAUAGAGAUGCUCAGUCAAGAAAAGUUAUUUCUUGUUGGUCCACCCAACACCGGCAAGACACGAAUGUUGACGCUGGCUGGCAAACAAUGGGUAGAAAGUGGCCAUCACCUGUACAUUUUAGUCAGUAUUUUAACAAAAAGGGACUUCAUGUCCUCGUUUUCCAAAACAUCCAACCAUACGCAAGCGACAAAAGAUACAGAUGAGACUUCACGAUCCUUUGUCACCCCAGUAAUCUGUAAUUUCAAUAUCAAGAAGGAAAUGAAGGAAAUUCUGGACAUGUUGACAACACAGGACAAAAAGAAUAUGCCACUGUGUGUGAUUGCAAGUGAAGUUGAUUUCGGGGGGAAAAUACACUAUGUGGACAAAGUGGUAGAGAAGGGGCAGAAAGAGAAUAAAAGAGAAACUGACCAACAGACAAAGAGAAAGAGCUGGAAAAUAAGAAAAUAUUUUAAAACAUUUGUAGAAAGUCUAAGUCGCCAAAAUCCAAAUCUUGUAUUGUGGGCUACAAGCAGCACUAGUCAGAAUGUACCCGAUGGCUGGAAGGUACAGACCUUCACUCGGGCUCUCACCUGUCCACCUGCAGUCGUCAGAGAAGCUUCACGUGCAGGAGCUGAUUAUUUCCUACCUGGGGCUGAAAUCCAACCACAUGUCUGCCUGACUCCUACCGACGGCCCACAAGUCAAAUACAUUUACCAUGAGAUGGACUCCACGGGUUACCACGACUGUUCUCUGUGUGGCAGGAAGGUGGCCGAUUUUCUAAACAAGCAUCUUGUUACUAAAAGCAACAAAACAGCUUCUCCGGAUGAUAUCACCGAAGCAACAACCUCGACUUUAACACGAGUACAACAUGAAAUCACCUACCUUGAAGGCAUCUUCUAUUCUUCAAGACAAAGACAUUUUAGUGAUAUUUGAAAACGACAAAAACGAAUACUCAUUCUUGAGGGAACUAACGAAAGUAGGUUUCCAAGUAAAGCCUUCGAGGCUAAAAAUGAAAAAGAAGUCGUGAGAGAAGAGAAGGAUUGUGUCUGCUCCAUGCAUGUUGAUCGUUUCCGCAAAUUCAGACCAAGACGUAAAAUCGUGGUGUACGUGGAAGAUCGCUCACCACCUGAAAAUGUUUCCAAUAAAUGGCGGGGCAUCACGUGCUGCACGGCACAGCUGAUCAUACUGCGAUGGUAAACUACAUAAUUUUGUCACAUUUCGUACAACUUUUCUGUUUCUCUUAUUCCCCUAGGCACAAAUGGUGACAACACCAACUUGCACCACAUCUUUACAUUGUAAAUGUAUUAAAGUUCUUUUCAAUGCUCGAAUAGCUGCUUCAAAUAAAUAGUAAAAUAAUCAACAGGAAUGUUAUCAUAAGCACUUAAAUUAAUAAAUUGUGUGUAUACUUUGCUAUACAAGAUAGAAAGUGUGUGUAAGCGUGUGAAUUUAAGCAAGUUCUUUCAUGAAUACGUAUGUUUAUGAAAAUAUAAAUUUAAGAAGAUAACGAUUGGAACAUUGAACUUCCGCCGGUGUGGUAACGUGUAUGUGAACACUUGCGAGCACAACAAUACAGACAGGACAUUGUGGGACUGGCAGAGUUACGAGAGGUUGUAGCAUUGUGUACGAUUCCUCAUUUGCAAACAGUUUGCGGCGGAGGUUGACAGUUGUUCCCCAAUCUCGAGUUGUCUAGUCUCCAUCCGAGUCGAUGCCGAGCAUCAG